AUGCGUCAAUCGCUAAUUUGGGCCGCCGCUGUCUACUUGACAGCUUCCACUACAGCAUUUGCGGAUCCGAUUACCGUUCCUCUUUUCCGCCGCCACAACAACGAAGGCUUUGUAAAAGCUGAUGCCGAGCAACUUGAUAAUGGCGUGCUAGGUGGCAAGGUGCUUAUUGGCAAUCCUCCACAAGAAUUUACCAUGGCAUUCGAUACGAAUACCGGUUACUCUUGGGUGCGAGGAUCGCGUUGCAAGAGCGAAAAUUGCUUGGAUCGUUGCACCUACUAUGCUCGUCGUUCUGAAACUGCUGUAUCCACGGGCGAGAAAUUCAAGGUUAAAUAUGGCGAUGCUUGCGUUGAGACCACUGUUUACCUCGACUCCGUUGAAUUUGGUGGGAUGAAAAUCGAGUCGAUGCCUUUUGGUGGCGCUUAUAGAAUGACAGGAUUUGACCAUGGCUUUGAUGGCUAUCUUGGUUUGGGUAGAGAUGUUGAUUUUAACAAAACCACUCUUUAUUCAAGCACAGCAAAGAGCUUGAUGCGUCGUGCAGUCCUUGGUUCCUCAGCCUUUGUCACCAACGCAUAUCAGUCAAGCUUUAUGACUAGUGCACAAUUUGGCAUGUAUGUUACCUCCCAGAGUGACAAUGGUUUCGAUCAAAGUGGAGGUGUCCCUGCAGAGGAUGACGGAGAUAGCGAUGAGCAAGAAGCUGAAAAUGAUAACAAUGAAACCACAUCUGAUAUCAGCACACCCACCGAUACCAUUUCUCCUCCUACCAGCAGCAGCAACGUUACAGAAACACCCACCACGGGAGUGCCAGCCGAUGAAACCAAUGAUUCGGAAGAUCCUUCUUUGUUGGAUGACAUUGUAUCGGGCGGCUUUGGAUUCAUCAAGAAGCGUACCAAUGUUGAGGAACCAGCAGGUUAUCUUGUUCUUGGUGGCAUCGAUAAGAGCGUCAUUAAGGGCGAUGUUCAUUAUAUUGAUUUGGCUGAUAGCGAAACUGGCAGCUGGGAUGUACCAAUUUCCCUUGUUCGAUUUGAUCAGAAGCUAUUGAUGGAGCAAAAGAAAGGCGCUGUUGCAUCCAUUAGCACUUCACAGCAUUGGAUAUCGAUGCCAGCUGAUCAAGCUGAUAUUUAUCACAAAGUAUUUGGUGGUAAAUUCCAAGAACGCACUCAAACAUACAAGGUGAAAUGUAGCAAGAUUCACAAGAUGCCUCGUCUGAAGUUGUAUCUUGGUGACUAUGCAGUCGAGAUUCCAGCCCAAUAUUGGACACGUGUGAUUGAUGCUAAGAGAGACUGCUGUGCAACUCGCAUUGCUCGUGGUCAAUCGGAUCGAGAUUGGAUCCUUGGCACAGCAUUUACUAAUCUUUUCUAUACCACGUUUGACCCUGUUGAAAACAAGAUUGGCUUAGCACUUAAGAAAGGACAAAAAGAUGAUGGCUUGAGAGUUGUCAAGAAAGUACAUUAG